AUGCGGGCUGCUGCGCGGGGACCGCGCUGGCGCUGCCGCAUGCAGAUGAAGCGGGGCACGGGGGCGGAGGGCGUAGCUAUGGCGACGGGCCAGGGGGGCGGCAGGGCGCGGGCGGGCGGGCGGCGCCCACCUGCCGGGGGCGAUAUUGAAAGCUCCUCUCGCCCACCGCCCCGCGCCCCGCCCCGCUCUCCGUGGAAUUCGAGCGGUCGCCCAAGAGCGGGAGCGCCCGAGGAGGCGGAGGGGAAAGAAUGGGGAAAGAAAAGGCUUCGCUUCAAGACAACCGAUCAACCGGGAAGCGUGAUGCUCCUAAGCAGAGCCACUGAGCUGCUGGCAAAAAAUACCUUCUUUGAAAUCAAUGCCUUCUCAACAAACGCGCUGCUGAGUGGCGCCUGCGUGUGUAGAAGCUCUAAGCUUCGCCACUGGGCUGCUCGCGCGAAUACUUUCAUUUCAACCAACGCUUUUCCAACAGCCGUGCAAUUCAGAGGCGCUGCUGAGUGGCGCCGUGUGAAGGGGCCCAUGCCGCGCCGUGUCAGGUCCGCAACCGCGAGAGAGGGCGGAGGUAGAGCGGCCGGCCGGCGGGGCGGGCGCGCCGUGUGGUGUCCGUCGCUGCGGGGCGAGGCGGAGGCGAGGGUCCACGCUGGACCAAUGGCCGGGCGCGGCGGCGGAUGCCGGCCAGCGAAUGGCCGCCCGCCGCGCGAUCGAUUCCGGCGCCCGGCGCCGCCUCCGGCCGCACUGCCCUGGACCCUUCCCCCCCCCUCCAGCCCGCCCGCUGCGCCGGACCCACGGGCCCCACUCGCGCUUCCAGCCUUUGUGCCUGCGCUCAUCGCGCGCGUGAUAAACUCGCGUAGAGCCUUCUUGUGGGUGCGUGAUGGAGGCGGCGGCGAGGGCGAAGGCGGGGGCGGAGUCGUGGCUGACCGGGGGCGCGCUGGCGCGGGCGGGGGCGGCGUCGCCAUGGCGACCGGAGGGGACGUAAACUCUUAUUCUGAAGGAAUGCAACGAUGGCUUUUUUCGUCGAUCGGAAAGAAGAGAAUUCCUGUCCAUGACAUCGGAAAAAACGUGGAAUUAAGUGUUUCUUCUUUAGAUUCCAACCAACAAGCACAAUCUGGAAUGACCUGCCUUAGUAACCCAGUAUACAAAGAUGGGAGAGAAAAUCAUGCCACGGGUCUUACAAAUAAUGGGAUGGGGACGGAGAUGGGGGUAAAGAACCGAAAUGGUAGCUCUAGUGGAGAUUGA